AUGAGUUAAGAUUCUUGGUAUUAUGACUCAAGUGCCCCUUGUUUUGAUUUCCUUCUAAAAUAGGAAUUUAAUAUUGAGACUAGGGUUUCAGAUGGUGAGGUAAUAGUCGAUGGGGAGGCUAAAAUUUAAAACGAAACAAAAAACAUUCCCAAAAAUAUAGGGGUGUUGUUGAAGAAUUAUUUAAAAAAAAAUCAUCAAAAAGAAUUGUAGUAUAAUUUGGCAAUAAAAAAGUUCAUUUAAAAAGGGAAUUCGAGGAAAAACUAUACGCGUAAGGAUUUCAAGACUUUAUUGCAAAAUUCAGAAGCCAAGAAGAUCUGCUCUGAAUAUUUUUGCAGUUUCCAAAUAAUUGAUGAUUUGCUGAAGUCGAAAAAGAUCGGGAAUAUGGAGAUUGUGUUGAAAUAUAUAAAGAAGCUGUUUUUGGCCACGCAUGAUCCAGAAAUAUUGUCUACACUGAAGUAUCCAAAACAUUGA